GUCUUCUAAACUCUACGAUUGCGCUUGAACCCAGCUCAGGCAUAUCGAGAUUAGUAACCGUGACCGCUAUUGCUUUUUGCAUUUUUUUCAUCGUUUUCAAGCAUCGAAUAAUUGUUGGAUCGUCCAAUUUUUCUGGACUAGCGCAGCGCGUCAAUGAAAAAUCCUCGCGAUUCAGGAUCACAACAUUACAAUUCUGAAAAGAUAAUCUCGCGCUAGCAUUUCAUCACUAUGGACUCUGAGGCCUUGAACGACUUCAUCUGGGACGGACAAUGGGAAAGCGUUUAUGAAGCACUUUGUCGCUAUAUUUGCAUCAGAGGAAGUGCCAACGUUCCGAUACAGUUCGUCGUGAACGGGCUCAAGCUCGGCAAGUGGUUGUAUGAACAGAGGUGCAAAUGGGGACAAGGCAGUUUGUCUCCCAAACAGGUCUCCAAACUAGUUGAAGUAGGUGUUCAACCGCUUUCCUCAUUAAACAAGAUGCGAUUACCACCAACGUAUCCCCAGCAGUUGCCUGACCACGUUUCUAGUACUCUCCUUACUCUACCGCCGGUUAGGAGAAUUUCUGAUGCGACUGAUUGUCGUAGUCCUCCCAAAAUGUCUCCUGAAAGAUCUGACGAAGGAUGGCGAUCGAGCAAAUGUGUUACUCCUCGCGACUCUGGUAGCACCAUGGCCAUACCCUCGUCUUCCGCGCUGGGCGAACUACAACGGUCUAGCUUUCUCGGUCGCAGGAUGAUGAUGCCUUCCUUAAGCUCUGUUACUGCUGCUGCAAAAGCAAGCCAUCGACGCCAACAUCUGGAAAUGAUGUUGCUGGCUGAAGAACGUCGCAUCGCUCAAGAGCAGGCGUUGGCUGGUCAAUAUACAGGCUAUUCGCAAGAGCACAUCAGAACUGCUGGCAAAUCGAAUCAUUUCGCCGCGUACAGUGAUUUGAUAAUGGAGGCUCAAAACCGCUUCGAAUUAUCCGCCAACACAACAAGUUCAUCUUCAUUUCUGCCUCGUUCCAACGAUCCAGCCUUAAGCCACCAAAUGAGUGUACAUCCAGACCUCACUAGCAGCAGGCUCGGUAAUCGAGAGAAAAUGGCUGCGGCUACAAUGAAUAGGUUGCCACCUCUGCGAGUCAAUCCUCUCAUGGAUAUCAGCACCCCUGAGGCCCCACCCGGGUGGUGCACUCGCCGAAAGAAGCAGCCUAAUAAGCACGUCAUUCUUCUUCCCGAAGAGCCUGAUGACGACGAACAAGAUCGAUCGAAAAUAAAGAGACAGCUCUUUGUCAGCGUUUCUGAUGAGAGCACGUUGUGCACUACACCCAUGCUUCCAAAGAAAACAUCAGCCCUGAACGCAUGGGAUUCUAAGCUCGUCGAGCUAGUGCGCUUCGAAAAAACCUUUGGUCACAUGCUGGUACCACCGGAAUUUCGCACGGCCGAACACCGCCUUGGUGCCUGGGUCCGACAUUUGCGAGUCUUAUUUGAACAAGACAAGUCGCGCUGUGCGGUCGAUCGCAAAGCCAAACGAUCACAAUUGUCGGGAUACCGCGUCAAACGCCUCGAUGCAGUUGGGUUCGACUGGCACGCGACCGAAGAACAAGUGCAGAACAAGCGCUGGGGUGUAUAUUUUCAAUUACUCAGGGAUUUUUUCCAAAAAAAUGGCCACGUGAACGUGUCGGCGACUCACAAAGUUUCCGGCAUGAAAAUUGGCAAUUGGGUUCGUCUGCAGCGAAUCGCUCGCCACGAAGGCUGCUUAAAUCCUGACCAAACUUCGAAGCUUGACGCCCUAGGAUUCGAUUGGGAGUUAGAACGUGAUACUCAGAGCAGCUCAAACGAAAAACAGAACCCCAAUCGUCCCAGCGAGGACGAUACCAUGAGAUUACUUAAACGCCGUCGGGAGGAACAGGAACAGCUCUCAUCUGAUUGCGGUCUUUCACUCUUAUCGUCCACGGCCACCAAACGUAUGGUCGUUCGAAAGAACUAAGAUUUGCCAACAGGCAUACGGCCUUUUAAUUACAUAUAUCCUUUUACAUGAUUUUAUCGUCGUCAGUCAAAUCAAAUUUUGGCUGGAUUAGCCAGUGACGAAAAAGCCGCAUUUUUGAAUAUAUUGACAGUCAAUCUAAUUUGAAUAAUCUACUUGU